AGUCGGCCUAAAAAAAAAAACGUGAUUCUCUGACAUUGUAAUUUGGUAGACAUCUAAGGUCAUACUAUAAACUUGUCCAUUUUCAUUUUCAUUUUUAAUUAUAAUAAUUUUCAGGUCUUGAGGAAAGCAAGGAGGAAGAGGGUUUGUUGUGGGUGCAGUGUACUCUGUUAAAUUGCCUCUUUGCUUUCCUUUGUUUUCUCCUCUUCUGCAACUCCAAAGCAGCCUGCUUGGAACCCAUCUCCCCUUUCUCUCCCUUCGAGCUCUCACUAUCUCACUUCAAAUCCAAAUAUGGGAGACAAAAAUAAGCCCAAGUCUGGUGUUUGGCCCACCAUUAAGCCCUUCGUCAAUGGCGGAACCUCUGGUAUGCUUGCUACCUGUGUUAUCCAACCAGUCGAUAUGAUCAAGGUGAGAAUUCAAUUGGGUCAGGGAUCGGCGGCCCAGGUCACCAGGAACAUGAUUAAGGAGGAGGGUAUCGGUGCUUUGUAUAAGGGACUCUCUGCUGGACUGCUAAGACAAGCCACAUAUACCACAGCUCGUCUUGGAUCAUUCAGGAUUCUGACAAACAAAGCAAUUGAGGCCAAUGAUGGGAAGCCCCUACCUCUAUACCAGAAAGCCUUGUGUGGGCUAACUGCUGGUGCCAUUGGAGCAUCUGUUGGAAGUCCAGCAGAUUUAGCACUCAUUCGUAUGCAGGCCGAUGCCACUUUGCCUGCUGCUCAGCGCCGUCACUACACAAAUGCUUUCCAUGCUCUCUAUCGUAUUGUUUCAGAUGAAGGGGUUUUGGCACUUUGGAAAGGUGCAGGCCCUACUGUAGUUAGAGCAAUGGCAUUAAACAUGGGAAUGCUUGCUUCUUAUGAUCAAAGUGUUGAGUUUUUCAAGGAUUCCCUUGGAUUUGGUGAAGCUACUACAAUCUUGGGUGCCAGUAGUGUUUCAGGAUUUUUUGCUGCUGCUUGCAGUUUGCCCUUUGAUUAUGUGAAAACCCAAAUUCAGAAAAUGCAACCUGAUGCUCAGGGGAAGUAUCCAUACACUGGCUCUUUUGAUUGUGCCGUGAAAACCCUGAAAGCAGGAGGACCAUUGAAAUUUUACACUGGGUUUCCAGUAUAUUGUGUUAGAAUUGCCCCCCAUGUCAUGAUGACAUGGAUUUUCCUCAACCAGAUCCAGAAGUUGGAAGCAAACUUUGGGUUGUAGUUUUCUUCAUGGAAGGAUAUUUCGGCCGGAGUUGAGUUGAAACUUAAAACAAUAAUUUUUUUCUAGUUGUGUUGUAGUCCCGUUUCUGCGAUUUGACGUUUUCAACGUCGAACAAAUAUUGGAAAAUUUUUAUAGCGGGGUUGGAGUAGGAUUACUGAAUUUAUGGUAUUUGUACUUUGUAAUUUUUAGGGUGUGAUUGGAAUAGGAUAUUACACCCCCUUCUGAUUCUGAAGCUGGGAACUUCAGAGAGAGAUCGUCUCAAUAGGCACAAUUGGACGAAUGUUGAAGAGAAAUAAAUUUUGUACGCCACACUAUAAAACAGGGGUUUGACGUUUUGAGCAUCAA